ACACUUGGAGAGACGCGAGCGAAGGAAAGUCGGACUGCAGCCUCCACAAAGCCGAGCGCGCGCAGCCUCUUUGAUGGAGCCGCUCGUGCUGUGCGCGCGCGUCCCCCCACAAAGCGCUGCUCAGGUGCGUCGCGGCUUCACCUCUCCGGCGCGAGGCAGGCGGGAUGCUCCGCUUCGUUGGGCAUUCGGUGUCAUAUGCUGCCAUGUGUGCACGGCGUCCAUUCAAGGUGCUGCGCGGCUGAUGCGCGCGUCCGUUUGGAGAGUUAGGGCAUCUUCCUCUCCGGCUCCAUGAUGGCGAUGUUCCGGAGCUUUGUCUCGGCCGGCCGGGGCGGCCAGCAGCCCGGCUCCGGCUCGCUGGCCGCCCCGGCAGAGGGCGUCGAGAGCCGGUUCUCUUGUCCCAUCUGCCUGGAGGUCUACCACAAGCCCGUCAGCAUCGCCAGCUGCGCUCACACGUUCUGUGGGGAUUGCCUGCAGCCAUGUCUACAGGUGACUUCGCCCCUCUGCCCUCUCUGUCGCGUGCCCUUUGACCCCCUGAAAGUGGAGCGCUCCUCCAGCGUGGAGAAGCAGCUGGCCUCACACAAAGCACCCUGCAGGGGCUGUAACAAGAAGGUGGCUCUGGUGAAGAUGAGGUCCCACAUUGCUUCCUGUUCGAAAGUACAGGAGCAGAUAGCUAACUGCCCUAUGUUCGUCCCGGUAGUGCCCACCUCCCAACCCAUACCCAGCAAUAUUCCAAACCGGUCCACGUUCGUGUGUCCGUUCUGUGGAGCCAGAAACCUGGACCAGCAGGAGCUGGUGAAGCACUGCAUGGACAACCACCGUAAUGACCCUGGUAAAGUGGUAUGUCCGGUGUGUUCCUCCAUGCCGUGGGGAGACCUCAGCUACAAGAGCUCCAACUUCCUCCAGCAUCUCCUCCACAGACACAAGUUCUCCUACGACACCUUCGUUGACUACAGCAUCGAUGAAGAAGCAGCACUGCAGGCGGCUCUGGCACUGUCACUGGCUGGAAACCACAACCACCCUGUCACCGAGAGCACCAACCCCCAGUAACUAGCAGUAACUAGCGCGCAAGAGCUAAUAAGGAGGUAUUUUGCAAAGGUAAACAGAGAAAAUGAAAUGAAAGUAUAACAUAUAAUGAAUCAAAAUCCACUGUAUUCAUCUCUACAAAUGGAUGCAACUGCUCCGUAGUCGGCGUGUCGUAUUUAGCAAAACAAACCAUAAUAAUUGUAUUAGCGCAGCAUACACACACCAGGAGAGCUCACCCUGUUGCCCGGUGUCCUGUCCAUGGCUCGUGGUCACAUGUUAGGACCCGUUGGUUAGAAUGAAGAAGCCUCACGUCCUCCACCAACAACACCAAGAUACACAAUACAACCCUAAUAUUCUGAGCUGUAACUUGUGAAAUAAGCAGCAGUUGGCUUGUAUUAACCUUUUGAUAAUAGGAAUAGAAAAUAACGUUAGCUAGCCAUGCUAAAGUUGAAAUAGCAUUACAAUUCUUACAUGAAGGUUUUCAACGUUAACAUCAGUUUGAGAGCCGAGCGAGCUAAACUUAAUACAAUGUGUUUGCUGUUUAGCGUUAGCUUCUAAGUUUUAUAAGUCACAUAUAAAUAUUUCGGUUGUUUCCCUUGGAGGCCGUCUGGCGUGGGCGCUGAGCAGGCCACUGUAUUCAUAACGACAAGAUGAUCAAAGAAUAUGUAAACAUUGACAAGGAAGCGUAAUAGACGGUCUGGAUGGGUCCGAGCGGCCUGGAGACAUUUAAUGUAACUUGGCUCCUCCCAUUAUUGGGCCUUCUCCUUCCACUGCACGACCCGGUCUGCUGCUCCACACGGCCACAGGCCCUGGAAGAAACUAUCAAUAACUACAACAGAAGGUGUGUUACUACAUGGUACGUUUGAAGAUAAUGGAUAAAGUCAUGAAGUAUAAAUAUGAUACUAAUGGAAAGCUAUAUUUAUAAUAGUAUUUUUGAAAUAUUAUACAUCGGUUAUCACUGUUCAGUUACUAAAACCCAAUCAUAUACAGUAUGAAUAGGAAUACAUUGUGCAGGAUUUUGAAUUCCUAUAAACUAGAUUUUAUAUUUCCAUUAUUCUUGUUUUAUGUUAUUUUGUAUGCACACAACAAUGGAAUUUGUGAAAUAAAGCACUUCAG